CUGGAUUUGUACUGCUGGGGUUCUUGGGCGGGCUGGAGAGGGGAGGAGGGAGGUACACUAUCUCCUUCAAAAUCUCUUCUGGUCUUCCUCUUCCUAAACCAGCUUGGCUAAGCUUCCUUAGAGGACCGGAGAGAUUUUAUUCUAGGACUUUUACAGUUGGAAAUUUUUAGGAUUUAAGAAUACGAAGAAGAAUUUUGACUGAGUUUUGGCAAAUUUGUACUUGAAGCGUGGAGAAUAGAAAUGAGGCAGAUUUUUGUGAGAGGGUGGAUUUAGAUUUUAAGAACUUUAGGGCUGCAGGAUGGCCUGUAGGGUUAGAAAAUGAGUCUAGCCUAACCUUGUUUAGUGAUAAGUACAGAUAAAAGUGUCUCGACGAACAGUGAGUUUGAAGAAAGAGAAUUCCAGAAAUGGAAUAGAGAGAAAGGGUUAAAUAAUGUGCCGUUGACCAUUGCUUCAAAAAGAGCAACGAUAGGAGGUAUAGGAGGUUGAGGAGGGAUUGAAAAGCCACAAACUUCUCAAAAAUGGCUGUCACAGUCAGGCUUACCUCAACUAGCCUCAAAAUCUACACCUGAGUACAAGUCUAUAAGGCAGCAGUAUGAGGAGAAACAGCAAAAUGCCAAAUAAAAUGAAAGAAGUUUUUUCCUUGGACCAACUAUUUGGGAUCCAGCCAAUGGCAUUUAAAGGGAGUAAAAAGGCAUUGAAAGAGAUUGCACAAGAAUUCAAAGUAAAGAUGGCAAGUUUAGAAGGAAAAUAACAAUGAGAUAAGAGAUUUGGAGAAUGUUUUGAAGAGGAUGGAUGAGAAAUUAGAGAGUUAUAAUUGCCCUGAAGAGCUAAUAAGAAGAAAAGAUAAGCUUGAGAAGAAUAUUGAAGAUAUAAAAUAUAAGCUUAAUGAGGAGCUUAACCAAAUUGAAAUAAAUCAGCACCUCUUCGAUCGCACAAAUCAAAGCCUAAUUAUAACUCGAGAUCGUUUCAAUAAAGCUGAACUAAUGUCUAUCAAGCUUGAAGCUAAGAACAAAUAAAUGGCAAAGGAUUCAAUAUGCUGCUAAAUUGCAAAAAUAAGGAGGCUCUUGACAAAAUGAAUGAAAUGCGAGAGAAAUUUUUACAAAAUAAAGCAAACAACCAACUCACCAUAAAGAACAAGAUUCAUACUUAUGAAUCACUGGAAGCACAAAUUGAUGAAAUUGAUGAAGAGGAAGGUCAAAAAUUUUACCAAAGAUUAGCAGAGAAAUCCUUACAGAAGAAGCAAAGACAAGCAGACAAACUACCGAUAGGCCAAGCUCCUCUUGAAUCUGAUCCGAAGUUGCUAGAUCAGCCUGAUCAAGAAAAACAAGAGUAUAUACAGAAGGUCGACUUAGAGCUUCAAAAGAGAGAAAAACUUGAAAAGCACAUUAUUCACAUGACUCAGAUGAAAAACGAGAUGAUGGAAGUCAAAAGGGACAAAAUUGAGCAGUUGAGGGCCAAUAGGCAGAGUCUUUUCCCCAAGAAAAAUAUCACAAGGAGAUCAAUCCAGGUUUUACAGUCGAAAAUAGAGCUCAAAUAAUGAGAAACAAGACUUUAUUAAGCACAGAUAUAAACAGCUGGUCCUUAUAUUUGAGUCCUUCAGAAAAUACUUGAGUACUCACUUUAGCAAAAUCUCGAACCUCUUGGCUCUGGAUCUUCAGAAAGAUAGUCUGAAUAGCCAGAAGGCAUUGUUUCCAAGCACUACUAUGGAGCAGAUAUCUAACGACCUAAUGCAGAUGAAUAAGUUCGGCAAUUUUUGAAAUUCUAACUUCCCAAAAUACCUUCUACUUGUUGAGUUCCAGCUCUCCCGACUCAUUGAUAGAGUUGGGAUAGUUUCAGAAACACCAAAGGAAGAACUGACGCGGUAUUGAAAAGAUUUUAACUCAAAUUCUAAAGUUGAGGUGCACACCAUCACUAAACCUGGGUGACAAGAAGUCAGACUAGAUUCACACUACACCAAGGAUAUGAAUAAGUAUAAAUACAAUUUGAUUAGUCCUAAAGACAUUCGUGCAGAUCAGAUGAAAGAGUAUUACUCCAAAUGAAUCGACCAUAAGAAGAAUGGGAAUGAUCAUUUCCAUCCUCCAGAGAUAAAGAAGUCAAUAACGCUCAGGAAUCCUAAAUAGGGACAGAAGAGCAACUAUGGAUAAUCAGAUAAAGAAUUUAUUUUUCAAAUAAGAUUACAAGGAUUGCUCAGAAUGAUAAAAAUGAUUUUGAAGAGUCAAGGAAGCAGCAGAAAAUGGAGACAGAAGUGCAGCAAGAUUUCGAAAAUCAAGAAAAAGAGCAGAAUGAAGCCGAUUUUAAGUUUGAGAAUUUGGAUGACUGGCAACUAGGAAAUCAUAAAUUUUUGAAGAAAUCUGAAGAUAAGUUAAGACAGCUUGAUUUGAAACUGAAUUAUCAAUCUGAAUCUACACUAAGAUGGAACAAGAACAAAAACUACAUCGUAAAAGCUUACAGAAUGAGUUGAGUGCAUAAAGUUGACAGAUCCACACCUAGAAAGAAGAGCAAGGGAGGAGGAGCAAAGAAGAUUACAAGAAGCCAGUCCAAAUCAAGAAACAUUUCCAAUACAAUGUACAAAAUAAUGAGUGAACCCAAGAUUGUUCAGUUCAAGGCUAUGAAUCUCAAUAAGACAAGAAACUCCAAAGGAAUGAUGAAGACUAUGAAUACAGUGAAAUAUGCAUGCACUUCGACUGUCUCUAAGAAGCAUAGCUUGCCUGAGCUCCUACUGGAUUCGGAAUAUAAACUUCAGUCCAUCAAGACGAGGCUUAGAAAUAUGAGACCUAAGACAAACAUGAACAAAACUAGAAGCAAGAUAUUUUUGGGUGCUUUGCAGAACAAUUCAAAUUAUCCACCUAAAAAGAAGAAAGGGGCCAAGUUCAGACUCCAGAGCUCCCAUAGUAAGAAAGCUUUCAACAGGAACAGAAGCUGUGAAAAUAUUGUUAAACCAACCUUUGCAUUCAAGCAGAAAGUCAAAGAGAUGACUAAGAGAAGAAAAGAGUUUGAUCAGAUAAUUAAUACAAAAUGAGAAUUUUUUGAAAGCUAAUAAAUUUAUUCAAU